CCGUCAGUAUCUCCAUCAGCUCACGAUUAUCUACAAACUCUUCACCGUCUAAAACUACAACCUAUAUCGCUCAUCACAGCCGAACGGACCAGCACUCAACUCGCAACUCGAGAUGUCCGCAAAGACGAGAUCUAGCACCAAAGUCGGGAACGAUGUCGGUAGCAAGGAGAAAGGACUAGGCGUCAAGCGAACGGGAAGUGGAGGAGUACAGUCUGCAUUGGGCUUCUCGGCCAAAAAGUCCCUUCACAAAUCGCCUACCAAGAAGAAGGUUCCUGCUGCUAUCACCCAAUCUAUCGAUCUUACCCUCUCGUCCCCUCCGCCCAAAUCCUACGCUCCCGUAUUCGCCCAUCCGAAGCGGUCCGCCAAGUCGAAUGCCAACCCGUUUCUGGACCAGGAGGAGAAGUACGAGCAAGGGACAUCGGGGGACGUAGUAGAGAGGGAUGAAUUUGGGUUCGUGAGGACUGUCCCUCUCGACUACUCGCCGCUUGGGCUCGGGAAGCGCAAGCCGACGGAGGAGAUGAUCGCGAAUCUCGUCGGUGAUCGACGCAAGCCCGCGAACAGAGAGAAUUCCGCGAAAGGGGAGGGGGAUGAGACCGUAAAUGAAGACGUUGACGCGACGUUCUUCUUGACCGAAAGACGAGCCGGGAAGACGGGCAAGGAGACGGGCGAGAAGGUCGAGGUCGAAGAAGGGGGAAAGCUGAACGUGAAGGAUAAGAGAUGGAACGGCAUUUUCAAGGAUACACAGGAGAAGAUGGGAGGUCUAGACGUCGAGCCGAUUCACUGCACCCCGAAAACGCACAACCGCGUCCACCACAUCCUUCGAGUCUUCGAUCUGAGUUCUCAAUGGGGUCCGUGUGUGGGGAUUACUCGGUUGGAGAGGUGGAAGCGAGCUGAGGAAUGGGGCCUCGAGCCUCCUGUCGAGGUUCGUGAUAUCUUGCUCACGCAGGAAGGUGCUACAGAUGACUCGUAUAAGGAGACGGUUUUCCACGGGAGUGGCAUCUAUGUCCCAUGACGUUGUUGCCGUCGAUCUGCACCACACCACUUAUGUAGCAAGCCCACUUGUAACGAUGUAGCCCUUUACGUGUAGCCAAAUAAUACCAU